AUGACUUUAUUUUUGAGAAUUUUCAAUCCUCAGGCCGAAAGAUGGGCAGAUCAACAUCGAGCCAACAAAGCAUCAAUGGAAAGUGAGGAAAAUUUGCUACCAAAGGCUGGAGACGACACAGAGGUACCGAGAUCGCAUAAAUCUUUAAAUGGUACUACCCGAGUCGUCAUCACAGUUAUUACAUUGCUCCUAUGGGGUGCGGCGGCUUUCGUCGCGGGUAGUAUGACUAGUAAAACGCAUCGGGAUAGUCCUUUGGGCUCAGCUGAAAAUGGAUUUGUUGAAGAGCUAAUUAUUACACCCUCUGAGACAUUCAAGCUCAUACAAACGAGAUUUACUGGCGGAGUGGACUUUAGCCCUGAAGGCAUAGAAGUCCUCGCUCCCUCAAUUUAUGUCGGCGAGCCGAGUCUUGAGAUCGAUGAAGCAUGGAACGCUAUUAUCGGAGGAGAAUCACAUUACUUUUCGGUCUCUGAGGAAGAAGCUAGAAGGUUAUGGGGUACAGAGUCUGAUAGGUAUAGAGACAGGAUUAGGGGUGGGUGGACUGGCACACUCGACAUGUUUCACUGUCUACAUUGCCUAAAUCAAUUGAGAAAAGCUCUACGUCGUGACAUCUAUCCCGAGGAAGAACAUCGAGGGAUGAUACACCAAUUGCAUUGCAUCGAUCAUUUAAGACAGGUGAUAAUGUGCCAGGGUAGCAGCGUUAUAUCUCCUAGCGAGUGGCAUGAUGAACGCGGCCAGUAUAUAAAUCCUAAGCAAGUCCAUACCUGCAGGGCUUUCGAGAAGCUUCACGAGUUUUCAAAAGCGAGAUACAAUGGGAGUAUUGCUGUACCACGCGGGCCGAAGAUGCCUCUGCACCCACAUCCAUCUGUCCCACUAUUUACAUAG